AUGGCAAAUAAAAAAAAUUUAAAAAACAGACGUACCUCAAAUCUGAAAGGGGGCCGAGCACUGGCUUAUAAAAAGUUGUAUAAGACAACUAACAAAUCUACAAGUUAUGUAAAUAACAUUUCAAUUGAAAUAGAAAAUGGUCCAAAUGAAUGUGAAACACAGAUACCGUUAGUCAUGAGUAGUACACCAUUAAAUAAUAUUUACAUAAAUAUCAGUGACCAGGAAAUAUCUAAAAUAAAUAGUCAUGAUCUUAAAAUUGCCGAAGAAGAUACAUGUAAAACUCCGGAUCUGAAUUUUUUAAAUGGAGGACGGCGAAUUUUUGAUAUGAAACAUGUAUUCAAACAAAUUCAAAAUCCUAAUAAUCAUAUUAGUGGUGUUGAUUGUACAUUUAUGGAUGUUGAAUUUGUAAAUGAAAUCUGUAUGGGAUUUGAGACACGUUGGUAUUUUAAAUGUAAAAUGUGCAAUAAGGAGACUGUAUUAACUUCGGAAAGUCGAGAUCUUAGUUAUAUUCCAAUAAACAAGGCUGCUGUAAAUGGAACUAUCGCAAUCGGUAUAGGAUAUACACAAUUAGCAGAAUUAUCAGCGAGUUUAGAUAUCCCAUGUAUGUCUCCUACAACAUUCAUGAGUUAUAAUAAUGUGUUAAGUAAACAUGUAAAAGAUUCUGCAUGGGACGCUAUGAAGCUGGCUGGUAUUGAGGAAAAACGCUUAGCAAUUGAAGCUGGUGACGUAGAUAAAGAUGGUACUCCUAUGUGUCCUGUGAUAGCUGAUGGCCAAUGGAGUAAACGCAGCUACAAAACCAAAUAUGAUGCGUUAUCAGGAGCGGCUACAAUUAUUGGUUACCGAAGUAAAAAAAUUUUGUUUUGUGGAAUUCGAAAUCGGUAUUGCGUUGUGUGUGAAAGGGCAAAAACGAUAGGAAAAGAACCAAAUACCCAUGAAUGUUUUUUAAAUUGGUCUAAAGGUGCCACAAGCAUUGAGGCUGAUGCUAUUUCCGAAGGGUUUUUAUGCAGUAUAGAAAUGCAUGGACUGAAGUACAAUAAAUUAAUUGGAGAUGGAGAUAGUAGCGUAACGAAAAAAUUGAACGAUGUUAUGCCAUAUGGUCCAAACGUAUUAAUAGAAAAAAUUGAGUGUCGCAACCAUAUUCUCCGUAACUAUGGACAAAAGCUACUCGGAAUUACGAAAAAAACAGAAUAUCCUUGUUUUAUACGCAAAUUUAUUAUUAGGAAUAUAAUGAGAUUUAGAACUGCUGUAACGAAAGGAGUGAAAUACAGAAAGAACUUAAGUGAAUCUUAUUAUGAAAAAAUUGAGGGUUUAAAAAAAGAUAUUUCGAAUAGCCCAUAUCAUAUUUUCGGUGAACAUUCUAGAUGUGAAAAAUAUUUUUGUACUGGGCCAAAACUGGGUGAAAAAAACUUAGUGUCUGAGAUUGAAAAGUGUGGACUCAUGAAUGAAAUAACUUCUGCUAUUCGACGUGUUAUUAACAAUGCAAAAAGUUUGUUGUAUGAUGUUGACAAUAAUUAUUGUGAACAAUUUAACAGCAUAAUAAAUAAACACAUCGCCGGCAAAAGAAUAAACUUUACUCAACGACAGUCGUAUAAUAUUCGAGUUCAAGCGGCUAUUGUUUCUUUUAACUCGGAUGGCAGUUUUAUUAGAAUGAUGCAUAAAAAAAUCACAGAAAAAAGUCCAGGAAUAAUCGGCAAAAAAUGUCCUGAUGAACACUAUGGGUUAGCCCUACCUCUAUUAGAUAUUUUGUCAGAGGAUGAGUUCCGAAUAAAAAAACAUGAAUUUAUUCAACAAAUUACACUAUCUAAAUCUCAAAAAGUAAUAUUAGAACGAGAAACCAGAGAUCAAUCGAAUAGUCAAAAGUGGUUUGCCGAGAGAAGAAACCGUUUAACAGCAUCUAACUUUGGAAGAGUAUGCAAGAUGCGUCCUCAAACGUCUUGCAAAUCAACUGUCUAUGACAUUCUUUAUAGUAAUAUAGCCACUAAAGCCACGGAGUACGGAAAAAAUACCGAAGAAUUUGCUAUGAAAUACCUGAAGAAAGAAAUUGGAAAAGAAAUACAACGAUGUGGAUUGUUUAUUGACAAUUCUAUUCCGUAUUUAGCAGCUACUCCUGAUGGAUUAGUGGAUGACGACUUCAUUGUCGAAAUUAAAUGUCCGUAUUCAGUAAAAGACUAUGAUUCUUUAGAAGAGUCUAUUGAAGCAAAAAAGAACAAGUCGCAUGCUGCAUUAGCGCUGCUGCGUUUGUUAUAA